CUGGUUGGCACAGGUGUCUGUGAAUUACAUUCGUUGAUUUAAAAAAAAUCUUCAUAUCAAACAAAAUUUCUUGGGAAUGACAUGCCAAAAUGGCCGCCGUAGGUCAGGUUCAAGUAUUUGUUCCAUCUUCUUUACUGCCCAAACUGAUCUGCACAAAAUGCAAAAAUUAUUUAUCUCACUUUCCCAUAUACAGUCAUCCUAAGAUUGGUUCCAUGUGUGGGAGAUGUUCCGUGGACAUACAUGAAAAUUUCAUUAGGAAUGAAAUAUAUGAGACAACGGUGCAAUUUCAAAAGUUUCCUUGUAGGUAUCGUGCCAAUGGAUGCCUAGAAAAUCUAAUUCCAGCUAAUGUACCUGACCAUGAGAGGCUGUGUCUAUACAAAAAGUAUGAAUGCCCUACCAGAGUUUACAAUAACUGCAUUUGGGAAGGCUUUUGUAAUGAGAUUUUGGAGCAUUUUGAAAACAAGCAUCCAACUUUUAUACUUAAAGAUGGCAAGUUUGAGGUUGAUUUUAUCAACAAUCAUAAAGAAAACUAUCUGCUGCCUUAUGGAGAAGAAUUAUUUAUUGUCACUCGUGAAGCAGUUUCAGCAUCAUCAACUUUUUCAUGUUCUGUAGAGUAUGUUGGCUCUAACCCUGAAAUAGAGCACUACACUUACAUCUUCACUUUGGAAAGUGGAAACCGCUUACAUAAACAUAUUGUGAAAGAGGUUAAAAUGAAAAGCAUUUUGGAAUUCAAUGAUUUGCUUCUAAAGGAUGUUCUACAGGAUCCAACUAAUAUUAUUGCACACAUUGAUUUAGUUCCUAAUGAAAAUGAUGAGUUCCUAGAUAGCAUAUCAGGUGCUGAAGCAAAUAAUGUCAACAGUCAACUUGAUUAUGAUCAAUUGUCUGAACUAGAGUGUCCUGUUUGCUUUGAAUACUUGGUCCCACCAAUAUUUCAAUGCGAAACAGGUCACAGCAUUUGUGAGCGGUGUAGAAACACACAAAAUGAGUGCCCCACAUGUAAGCAAAGUUUUAAAAGGACACAAAACUUUACAUUGGAGAAGCUUAUCCGAAAUAUGAUCUAUCCUUGCAAACAUGAUAGGUGCACAUUUUCCACAAAAGCACAGGACAUAAAAGUGCAUGAAGCUUCUUGUAUUUUUGGUCCGUAUAGGUGCCCAGUUGGAGAAUAUGAGGAGUGCAAAGAUGAAAUGUCCGUUAUCGAUAUGUAUGACCACAUUUUCAAAAAGCACUACGAAAGCCUUCUUGAAAUUGAAAUGGUUAGCAUUCCUUUUGAUGAGGAUUCUACUUUGUUGAAUGAGUGUUACAUACUAAAACAUUCCUUGCGUUUAUUUAGGCUAUGCUUCAGAUUCAUAAGUAAUUACUUUUAUUGGGUAGUCCAGCUCAUUGGGCCACCUGAGGAAUGUGUUAAGUACAAAUUUGAACUGGAAAUUAUUGACAACUCUAAUGAAAACUGCAGAAUUUAUUUCAAAAAAGUGUGCGCUCCAUUCUGUGCUGCUAAUGAUGCGUUCAGUGACGACAAAAGUGAUACAUGUGUGUCCUUAGAGAAAAAUCAGUUGAGCAAGUUUAUAUCCAAUCAACUUACGUAUCGAGUCAGAAUUUUGAAUUACUGAUGUGUGAAACUUCUAUUUUUGUAUUUUAUGCGUUAAACUAAUAUAUUAAGUGAACCAUUUAAUUAGUAUAUUUAUUUACUUUACUUGAUUAGAUCGAAAAAAAUGCUUAUCGAGUUCAUGAAGAAAUUAAUAAGG